AUGGCCGUCAGCGGUUACAUGAGCCAUGAGAUGGCGGAUUGUUAUAUUGAGGAUGUUGCUGCAUAUGUGCAAUUCAUUAUUGUCGAAAUUCCAAGUCCAAUAAAAGUGACAAUAUUGAAAUGCUUCAAGCUAGCUUGCAUAAGAGACAUCGAGUAUCAUCACAAGCCUUAUAAAAAGAAUUACUCUUCAAUAUUCUCAGAAGGAUUCGACCCUAACUACCCAACAUCAUGUUUUCCGUUUGACAAAGUCACAAAAUGGACAAUUGACAACUUGAUAGCCAUCUUGGAGAGCCCUGAUGAAAUUAAUAUCAUCAAAGAAUCUCUGUCAUUCCUAUGCAACAUGCUAGCUUAUAACGAUGACAAUUUACUUGAUGAGUCCUAUCGUGAGAAAGCAAUUAAUCUCCUCGGGAAGCUGCUGAUGAAUUGCAAAGAGGAUGGAAUUGUUAUUAGAGCCUGCUGCUUGACUCAUAACAUCAUGAACACCUGGUACAGGCAUUUUGAUGUCCAGAACUUGGUGGAAAUCACUGAAGGGUUGCUCAAGGCUGAUGAAUGCGGUUUCAAGGCUGCUAGAGACUCGCUGAUGAUUCUCAUUAAAAAAGACGCCUUUGUGAGAAGCUACGAGGACUUGAGUCUUGAUUCCAGGUUGUAUUUCUUGGAGCUUGUUUGCAAGUUGGUCAACAAUGAGUUGGAGAAAAUGGAGGAUUUUUUUCUGCCCGAGGACACGGUUUUGUUCUUGAUAAAGAGGUUUAAAGAAAGAAGCAACUUGAUAUUGAAGACUGAGGAGUCGUAUGUUAAAGAACAGAUGAAGGAACCUGCGGAGGUUAUUAUUUUGCUGGAUAUUUUGGGGACGCUGAGUUGUGAGUUGGAGAUUGUUAAGCGGGAUGCUAGUUUGCUGAUCAAUGUUGUUUUUCUCCUGAAGGCAAUCCACAUGGCAGGGAAGUCAUCUUCAAAUAAUUUUACUCCACUGCAAAAAUUAGCUCAAGUUGCGCCUAGUAACAAUUCUGACAGAGAGGCUAUUGAAAGUCAUGUUGCUUUUGGGUUCAAGAGUUCUCUUGUUAGGUUUAUUGCUAAUGAUGUUUAUAAGAAUCGAGCUAACCAAGAUAAAGUGCAAGAACUGGACGGAAUGUCGCUGAUUUUAGACUGCUGCAACAUCGACGCUCGCAAUCCACUAAUAAUGCAGUGGGGCAUCCUGGCGAUCAGGAAUCUCCUGGAGAAUAAUCCAGCGAACCAAGAAUUAAUCAGAAACUCCCAAAAGAUUCGAUUCAUCGAUACAGAGGUUAUUCGGGAGAUGGGAAUAACUCUUAAUCAAGAUGGGAAUCCCAUCGGAAUCGUUCCGUUGCCGGAUUAA